AUCUUCAACGUAUUGACGUUACCCUUCCGCUCAACUGUCAGAGUGACGUUCACUUCACGCAAGUCUGUGGCGACGUGGAAAUAUGGUGGAAGGGGACUAGAGUAAAGUCGGAGUUUUUCUCGAAUUCUUCAUUUAGUAAACAUUUGUUUAUCAUUGACCUUUACAGCUAUAGCAACUGUUCAACCUAAGCAGAAGACUGUCAAGACCCUGGGAGAAGAACGCGAGAUAGGUGCCACGAGAGCUUACAGUGCCCAGUGUGGUAGUGGGAGAUGAGGCAGUGAGAAAGAGAGCCUCUCCUCAGAACCCGUGUACCCAGGAGAUGGGAGCCAACACCAGCCAGGUCAGUGACCUGUGUGAGAACCAGAGCCUCAGGACCCUGAUCGGAACAGAGUCCAUCUCAGAGAAUGAUCCCUUCUGGAACCAGCUCAUCUCUUUCACCUUCAUCAGUCCCACUAGCAGUGGGGACUCCAAGCUGUUGGAAGAGGCUGUCAUUCCCCUCGCCAAGAUCCUGAUUGAGAACAAUCCCAGAACAGGGAAUUUUGGAGCCCUGGUGAGAAUAUUCCUGGGAAGAACCAAAGAGCUGAAAAUAUCCACAGAAUGCCAAGAUCAGCUGUUUAUCUGGCAGGCCCACAAUGCCCUGUUUAUGAUCCGCUGCCUGCUCAAAGUCUUCAUCAGUGAGAUGACAGAAGAGGAGCUGCACCAACAGUUCUCCUACCAGGAGAGGGCGCCAGGCUCCUGCGACACGGGGAGAGAGGACUUGCUGGAGGAGCUGAUGUGUAACCUGGUACACCUGGUCGUGGAGGUGCCCCUGCUGGACAUCACGUACAGUAUCCUGUUUGAGGCUGUGACCACCAUGUUGGUGUUACUGUCCUACCAGCUCUUCCACAAGGAGAUACUGAGAGACGGACUCAUUUACCAGUACCUGAUGAAGGAACGAUGUGUGUCCCUGACCAGUCGGUUAGUGAAGACCCUGCUGUAUAACUUCAUCAGACAGGAGAAGUGUCCUCCCCCAGCCACACACAUCUUUGAUCAGCAGUCGGACGGUGGAGGCCUGCUCUACGGCCUCGCCUCAGGGGUAGCAAGUGGGUUGUGGAGUGUGUUCACACUGGGAGGAGCCAGCAGUAAACCAGGAUUGGAGCAGGAACAGAACCCGCUUCCCUUAUCCAAUCAGAGCCUGUUAUUACUCCUGGUGCUAGCCAAUCUGACAGAUGGACCAAACGACUGCCCCAACCCCUACAGACAGGCUGUCACCUGCUUCAAAAACACACAAGACACGGCGUCCAUCCCGACAGAGCAGCACCAUACGUUCCAGAUUAACUUCAACAGCCUGUACACAGCUCUGUGUGAGCAACAGAGGUCUGACCAGGCUACGCUGUUACUCUAUACGCUGCUGCAUCAGAACACCAAUAUGAGGAACUACAUGCUGUCACGCACAGACAUGGAGAACCUGGUGGUGCCCAUCCUAGAGAUCCUGUACCAUGUGGAAGACAGGAACUCUCAUCACGUCUACAUGGCCCUCAUCAUCCUCCUCAUCCUCACUGAGGACGACACCUUCAACAGAUCCAUACACGAGGUGGUAUUGAAGAACAUAACGUGGUAUUCAGAACGUCAGUUAACAGAGAUCUCUCUGGGUAGUCUACUCAUCCUGGUGGUCAUACGCACCAUCCAGUACAACAUGACACGGACCAGGGAUAAGUACCUGCACACCAACUGCCUGGCAGCCCUGGCCAAUAUGUCAGCCCAGUUCCGCUGCUUACACCAAUACGCUGCCCAGCGCAUCAUUAGUCUAUUUGCACUGCUGUCCAAGAAGCACAACAAGGUCUUGGAACAGGCUACCCAGUCUCUGAGAGGUCCCCGGGGGGCAGACGACAGCUCUGUGCUGCCUGACUACGCCCAGGACCUGAAUGUGAUCGAGGAGGUGAUUAGGAUGAUGCUGGAGAUCAUCAACUCGUGUCUGUCGAACUCUCUACACCACAACCCCAACCUGGUCUACGCCCUGCUCUACAAGAGAGAGCUCUUCGAACAGUUCAGAACACACCCCUCCUUCCAGGACAUCAUGCAGAACCUCGACACGGUGAUAGGUUUCUUCAGCCAGCGUCUGGAAGCAGCAGGGACUGACCUGUCAGUAGAAAGGGUUCAGGAAGUUAUCAUGAAGGGAGCACAGGCCCUUCCCAACGACCGCCUCAAGAAGUUCCCGGAGCUGAAGUUCAAGUAUGUAGAGGAGGAUCAACCUGAAGACUUCUUCAUCCCGUACGUGUGGUCCCUGGUCUUUAACUCUGGAGUCGGUCUUCACUGGAGCACUACAAACAUACAACUCUUCAGCAUGGACUCUGCCUGAGGGGAGGUUCACGCUGA